AAAAACAGUUGGUGCAAAUAUAUUAAAAGUGCAUUUGAUCAAUUUGAACAGUUUACAAUUGAUUAAUUCGUAAGAAAAAAAAAACCGAUACAAAAAGUAAAAGUAGAAAAAAAAAACAAACAAAGUGAUUUUAUUUUUUUCAAAAAAUCCAUUUUUUGCACAAAAGCAAAUUACCUUUGUUCGAGCGCGACGUCAACAGCCAAUUCAUAUUUGAAUGCAUUCUUUUUAUUAAGUAACUAAAAUAAAUUGUGCGUAGUGUGAGAGUAACAAAGAAAUCUAUAACAAUCAGUUGAGCAUUGCUGUCAAUAUCAACAAUAACAAACAGUUUUUCUCAUAAAUAAUCGGCAACGGCACAUUCAAUAGCCAAUUUUCAAAGCAAAGCAUUCAAGAUCGACUAGACAAGUCGCAACUCAUGAUGGAUACAAAUUCAACAAGCACGUUUGGCAGCUUCGUACAAAAUACCAGUCGUGUUUCGAAUAUAUCAGAAAUCGACGAAUCUGACAAUGAUAUUUUGUACGAAGUGCCUAUCGGAGUUAUCGUUCUAUUAUCUAUAUUUUAUGGUAGCAUCAGCAUAAUUGCGGUCAUUGGUAAUUCGUUGGUAAUAUGGAUCGUAGCAACUACACGUCAAAUGCAAACAGUUACAAAUUUAUUUAUAGCUAAUUUGGCGCUUGCUGACGUUGUCAUCGGCAUGUUCGUCAUUCCAUUUCAGUUUCAGGCGGCAUUACUUCAACGAUGGCAUUUACCCGAGUUUAUGUGCGCGUUUUGUCCAUUUGUUCAAACGGUAAGCGUAAAUGUUUCGGUGUUCACAUUGACAGCGAUUGCUGUGGACAGACACAGAGCUAUAAUCAAUCCGCUCAGAGCUCGUCCGCCUCGUUAUAUUUCCAAAAUCAUAAUCGCAUUCAUUUGGGUAAUUUCGUUAGCAUUUUCUGUUCCAAUGGCGAUUGCAUUGCGAGUUGUCACGGAGAAAAGAGUUCAAGUGUUGCCAGACAAAACUAGUCAAGAGUUCGAGUAUCCAUUCUGUGAUUCUGAUAAUAUGCAAGCGGAUAAAUUCAAACAAUAUCGAUACUAUUUGGUGUUCGUACAGUAUUUCAUUCCAUUUGGCGUUAUCAGUUUUGUAUACAUUCAAAUGGCAAUUCGUUUAUGGGGUUCAAAAACGCCGGGAAAUGCUCAGGAUACACGUGAUAUUACACUUAUGCGAAACAAAAAACGAGUGAUUAAAAUGUUAAUUAUUGUGGUGUUAUUGUUUGGAAUUUGCUGGUUUCCCUUGCAACUGUACAAUAUUUUAUAUGUUACGUGGGACGGUGUCAACACGUAUAAGUAUAUAAAUAUCCUAUGGUUUUGCUGUGAUUGGUUGGCAAUGAGCAACAGUUGUUACAAUCCAUUCAUUUAUGGCAUUUAUAAUGAAAAAUUUAAGCGUGAAUUUCGGCGACGUUUUCCUUUAUUUCGCCUAAGAUUCGAGCACACGGAUGUUAGCGAAAAGAAUGUUUCCAUGUAUACACGUGCUAGUUCAAUUCGUUCCAAUUAUACGACAACAUCGACAAAAGCAAAAUUCAUGAUACCACAACGCAUUGUUGGCGGAAAUGAUUCAUUGCAACAUUAUAAUGCGCUCCGUAUUGCCAAUGAUACGCCAUCGGUUAAGAAUAAUAAUAUAGUGAACGGAAAUCAUAAUUGGACGAAAUCGUGGCCAUUUAAUCAGUCACCAGUUGUAGCCAACAGUACGGUUGUCGAAUGGCAGGAUAAAAAAUGUGUUUGUUUUUCAAAGAUCUAUUGCAAGGGCAAUGAUCAUCCAAGUUGUACAACAACCGCAAUGAAGAAGACAACAACAAUUGAGCAAAACAAUAAAAAUACAUUGCUCGAACCAUUAACAACAAACAACAUGAAAACAGCCACUAUUUAUUCGCAUGACACAGCAAAACAUUGUUGUUGUUGUCAGGGUCGAAAACCAAUUUGCAAAGAUAAUAAUAUUUUCGACAGUGAAUUAUGCCGGAUGUCAACAAAACCAACAACCGAAUGGGAUCAAAUAAAUUUAUGUAAGCCCGAAUGUAGUGCCAACAAAUUUAAGAACGAUGAAUCCGCCGAUAUUGUUGCUGCUGAUGAUGAUGACGAUGAUAAUGAUGGUGAUGAUACCGAUUUUCGAAAUGAGAUUAUUCGCAUCAAUAACAUUUAUAAUAACUGCAAUGCAAAUACAAAUGGUGAAACUAUGCCAAACGACAAUUUCUAUUUGCAUGGUUUCAACAAUUCAUGUAUAUCAUUGAGCAAAUAUAAAAACGAUAUUAAUCUGUGAUUUCAAUGAACAAUUUAUUAUGUAAAGAAUUUUUCAACACCGCGAUGGUGAUUUUUUUAUUUUGAAUCUAUCGAUGGGUACCAAGUCUUUUUUCUCUACAUCUACCACUACCCCACUCCACUCUACUUUUUUUUAAAUUCAAAGUAUUGAUGUUGGAGGUUUAAGAUGUUCCAAAAAAAACACACAGAGAAAUCAUAAUUUUAUUUGUUAGUUUGACGGGGUCCAAUCCCACACAAUACAUAUAUACAACACAUUCGUGAAACCAUUUGAAUUUAUAGAAUCAUUCAGUGACAAAUGGUUAUUGGAUAAAGCAAAAGAGGUUAUGUAUGUAUGAUGUACAUAUAUUUUUUUA